CGGUCGGGCUGGGGGCCUUCUCGUCGAGUGGAUCAAUCGGUCGGCUCUCCAUUCUGUGCAACUUUCCAAACCCUCGGCUCCAAAUAACACAACACAAAUGGUGAAAGAUCGAAGCAAAUCGCGGGAGGAGGAUGAUGCGGAAAACGGAGAAUCGUCGAAGAAAGCCCGCAGUGGUUCCAAAUCCAAGAGGAAAGUAGAAGAAGAUGAAGAAGAAGUAGAAGGAUUAGACUCCGAAUCCGGCAGUGGAUCCGAUGAUGACGGGUCGAGAAGGUCCGAAGAAGGGAGAAAGAGGAAGAGAAGUCGAGGCUCGAAGCGACGAUCGCGAAGGAAGUACAGCGACGACGACGAUUCGUACUCUUCUUCAUCGGCAGAUCAGUAUUCGGACUCGGGAGAUUCGUAUUCGGAGCAUUCGUCGGAGGACAGCGAGACCGAGGAGGAGAGGCGGCGGAGAAAGAGGAAGGAGAGGAAGAGAAGAGAGGAGAGAGAUAAGGAGAGGAGGCGGAGGAGAAAAGACAAAGAGAAGAAGAGGAGGAGGAAGGAGAGAGACGAAGAUGACAGGAAGCUCAAGAAGAAAAAGAAGAAGAGGGAUAAGAAACACAAGGAUAAGAAGAAGGACAGUGAAAGGGGAAAGAAGGGCGCCGUCACCAAUUCUUGGGGAAAGUAUGGCAUUAUCAGAGAAACAGACAUGUGGAACAAGCGGCCUGAGUUCACUGCAUGGUUGGCAGAAGUAAAACAGGUGAACUUGGAAAGUUUGCCAAACUGGGAAGAAAAGCAAAUGUUCAAAGAAUUCAUGGAGGACCAUAAUACCACAACUUUUCCUUCCAAAAAAUACUAUAACCUUGAUGCAUAUUUCAAACACAAGAUCGAAAAAGAAAUUAAAAAAGGUAUCAAAAAGGCCCCCAAGACAGAAAUGACGGUAUUUAAUGAUGAAGAACAGCGACGGCUAGAAUUGCUGCAAGAACGCGAAAGACACAAGGAAGAACAGGUGGAAGCACUGAAGCGGUCUAUGCAGGGUGGAAUGGCACAAGCAAUGAAGGAGCAAGCUCAACUCAGAGAAGAAAUGGCUUACCAUUUCAGGGUUGGCAAUUUAGAGGCUGGUGCUGCAAUUCAAAGAAGGCUGGACCCAGAUGUUGCUAUGUGAGAAGGGUAUUGAAAAUGGAAGGAUCUCUGGGUUGCUAAUGAAUCGCAAUCCCUGCCAAGCUUGCAGAUAUGAUCUUCAGAGAUCCGUUUGCUUGGAGCAUGAUUUGAGAGAUUAAAACCUUUUCUUUUUUGAGGUUCACUUUUUGGGCUCUCUUAAUGUGUCCCAUUUUUGCAGCAUAGUAGAGAUUUAUAUAUAUUACUAUGCGAACAUAUAUAUGUCCUGUAACACUGCUGAGUUUAUUAUGUUUUCAAACGCAUUGCUGAUGCUGCCUUUGUAA